AUGUUAUGGAAAUGUAGGCUGGCGUUCCGUCAAUAUAUUCCCUCCAAAAGGCACAGGUUUGGAGUCAAGUUCUUUGUCAUGUGCGACGUGAAGACAGGAUUUGUCCAGGAUAUUAUAGUUUACACAGGGUCCACCACUGACAUCAAACAUUAUGAGGGGCUUGGGGUGUCAGGGUCCGUGGUGAUGACCAUGCUGGCUCCUCAUCUCGGCAAGGGACACACUUUGUACGUGGACAAUUGGUACAGCAGUCCCACACUCUUCCAGCAUCUGCUCUCCAACAGCACAGGGGCAUGUGGCACAGUCAGGUCGAACAGGAAGGGGAUGCCGGCAUUCGGAUGCAGGAAGAUGCAGAGAGGGGAGGUGGAGUUCCAAGAGAACGGUCAACAGCUGGCAGUAAAGUGGCAUGACAAGCGAGACGUCCAUGUCCUCUCCACUGUCCAUACAGCAACCAUGUCGGCCACAGGGAAGGUGGACCACCUGACCGGAGAGAGAAAGAUCAAACCAGAUUGUGUGCUUGAUUAUAACCUCAAAAUGGGGGCCGUGGAUAAGGCAGACAUGAUAAACAGCUUUGUGGAAUGCACACGGAAAACGAACAAGUGGUAUAAGAAGAUAUUUUUCCAUCUGAUCGACACUGCUGUCCUCAACGGCAGCAUAGUUCACCGCCAACUAACAGGUAAAGUAAUUACCUACCAAAAAUACAGAGAGAACCUCAUGAGAGAGCUGCUGGAGGAGCACCACACCCCUCGGCGCCCAUCCACUGGGGGCCGUCCUGCUGUAGACAAUCCCCUACGCCUCACUGCACGACAUUUUCCCUGCAAAGUCCCUCAAACUGCUUCUCAAGGUAGUCGCACACGGAGGCAUUGCAAAGUCUGCCUGUCUGGCGCCAGGAGAAGUAAGCAGAGGAAGAUGACAAAAUACAUGUGUCUAGCUUGUGAUACACCUCUAUGUAUUUCACCAUGCUUUGAGGAGUAUCACAUGCUCAAGCAUUAUUGAGCACAUCUGCAGCAAUAGGUGACUGACUGACCUGACA